CUAUCAAACAAAAGCACGCAGGACAAAAAUAGCUUGUGGUCAUAAAUCGAUUUCCCUAAUUUAUGAUUAAUUAAGAUAGCUUUUUCGAUUACGUGCGAUGAUUAUAAGACAUGUUUUCGGAGGUUUUAUUAACCUUCGCCGUUUUAAUAGCUGUUAUACAUACACGUGAAACUCCAAAAAAUGAUCGUGAAAAUGAGAAAUUAUUUUUGCAAGUUCGGCCUGAGCCGAAUCCGUACCCGUUCAUUACCAGAAUGGCUACAGAGAGAUUGAAUCUGACAUGUAGAAUGUUUAAUAGGACUGAUUCUUUUCCUGUUAAUGCAUAUAAUUUAACUUGGAGAGUGCCUAGAGAUUCCAUGAAUAGUAGUGGUAUAGUGCCUUAUAGGUUUAAUGAUGGAACAAUUGGUCUCAAAUUUCUUGACCUGCGAGAGUCAGACAGUGGAGAUUAUACUUGCCAAGCCAAUUCAAUUGGUCUACGCUUUACAGUAAAGUUGAACAUAAAACCGCAUAUUAAUAAAGGAACAAAUGGAAUGUCAUAUUGUGGUUCUCGAAUGUUUAUUUGCUCAAAAAGUAUAUUGGUUUCAAAUGAUAGUCUUGGAAGCAAUCAAAUAAAAAAUAAUCAGACAUUAAAUGAUUUUCAUUCACCUUGUAUAUCUGAUGCUUUUGUCUGUGAUGGAAAAUCAGAUUGCCCCAAUCAAGAAGAUGAGUCAAGUGAUCUUUGUGGACAAGAUGCCUGUACAGGUAAACUACGUUGUAGUGAUAACAGAUGCAUUCCAAGACAUUGGUGUGAAGCAAAAAUACCUCAUGAUUGUUGCCGAAAUAAAAAUAAUGCAGAUCAUAUGACCCAUGAUGAAAUGAUAUUGAGUGAUUCUAAAAGUACAAUGCACAAUACCAUUGUUAAGAGUAAUGGAGAUUUUGAUAAGAGAUUCAGAUUUGUAAAUGAUUAUGGAGAACAUGUCUUUGAAGGGAGUUAUCUUAGAACAAGAGAUUCAAAAUCUGGAGUUGAUUUUUUACAUAUUACCAUAUAUACUAUCAUAGCUUGUGCUAUAGCAUUAACCAUAAUUGUCCUGGUACUUGUUACAAUGCUCUGCAAGACAUAUAUAUCCAAUAGACAACAUUUUGAGCAAGAGAAUUGCCAGUCCAAUAAUUAUCGAUAUUCUACCUAUCAGGAUAUGAAUCGGUUUAGGCAGCCGAUGUAUCGAAAUGGAAAUUAUCAAUAUCCAGCAGUUGACAAUCACAGAAUGUUUUCUGCUCCAAGAUCUGCUGAAAAUGAGCAAAUUAGAGAAAAUUGUUCUAUAAGAAAUUUAAUCACUAGGUGGUUAGGGAUAAUACGAGGGAAUGAAGCAGAACAAGAUGAUGAUGAAAUGUCCAGGAGAAUGAAUCUUAUGAAUGAAGGAACAACAGUAAAUUCAAGGUACACUGCGCCUUUAAAUCAUCCAUCCAGUUUUAACUACCGUACAAAUACGAGACAAAUAAAUCCGACCGGUUACUCCGUAGUUUCACAAUAUGACGAAACUUUACCGACAAGUUCUGAUUUUCGAUGUCCUAGGAGGAGGGAUAUUUAUCAUGUCGAUAAUAUUUGCACAGAAAAUGAUACUGAAACUAGAAAUAUACAUAGUGUGACUACUCAGACAAAUAACGCGGAUGAAAAUGUUAUUAUAAAUUCGCCUUCUAACUUGUGGACUCGAAUUUGCAAUGCGAUGAGAGUGCAAUCGGCACGGGACAACACUAAUCAAAAUGUAGAUGAUUUGGAAACUACUGCUGGUGAAACUUUUGAAGAUGUGAAUUUGAAUGAAUUAAAUGAUGCAAAUGUACCGGCUUAUAGCGCUGUAGGAAAUGCUAACAAUUCAAUUUUUGGCCAAGGGUUAUGGGCCCCAGUUUUAACCAAUGACGAUAAUAAUGAAAAUUGUAAUGCAUGUGAUAAUUUAGAUGAACCUGUGCCAUUAAGAACUACACUAUGGACAAGAAUAUGUAAUAUUAUAGGUUUUGGCUCAUCCCGGAUAAACACAAGUAAUGAUCCUAAUCUAAACACUCCAGUCCAUUCUGAUGAUGUUUUUGAGCAAGGGGAUUUAAAUUUAAACUUCAAUGAAAUUUUAUCAAGCGACGAGGAUUUCUUAACUAGACUUGAAGAUAUCUCAAGAAAUGUUGUUAUGGUAUCACCUCCUCCUUAUACUGAAUUGAUGUUAAAUGAGCCUCCUGUCGGACCUCCGCCCCCUUACGCUAGUAGGGACAACUUAGCUGAUUUUACACCAGGGCCAAAUAAUAGCUUAAUCAAUAAAUUUGCUGAACAAAAUCAAGAGAACCUGAGUGCUGCUAAUGAAGGUUUUGUCAUGGGAAAUAAUAAUUUGGACAAUGACAAUUUGAAUGAGCAGGUCAUGCCUAGUACCAGCACAAGUCCAGAAACGACUGAUAGAAAUAGUCAUAAUAAUGGUAUGAAGAUCAAAGAUGGUGUUGGUUCCAAUAAUAAUGUUAGUAGAAAUGGUGAUGUAAAUUUUAAUUGUAACUCUAGCAAGAUGUUAAGCAAAGCUACUUCUGAAGAUUUUCAUGUCGGCAAUGAAGAUUGUAAGAAGUUAACUGAUUUACCAAACUGUAAUGUUAUUACUUGUGAUAAAGAUGUUAAUAUAAGCGGCCACUUGAUAAAUAUCACAGAUAAUGAAUCAAGUAGCAUUGUAGAUAAUUUAAAUGUAAGUAAAAAUUCAUUUGGUGAAACUUCUUUAAAUGCAAAUACUAAAUUAAGUUCUAAUAACAGUAUUGAUUUCAAAGAUAUUUCAAAUAAUUCGGAUCAAAGUAGUGAGUUAUGUGUGAAUCACAAUAUUUUAACUGAUUCUCAAAUUGACUUCAAUAAAGGAAAUACUUUUUCUUUCAAUAAAAGUACAUUAUCAAGAGAUUGUAGUGAAAGUUGUUUAAAAAACAUAAAUUCAGCUGAGAGUAAUAAAAAUUUAAGAGAUCUUUUCACUAAAAAUCCCGCUAAGUAUAAAUUUUUUUGUGGUAGUUUGAAUAUAGAUAAUUGUGAUGCAUCUAAUAAUGGAAAUGAUACUAAUUUAAAAUUUGUAGAAACGAACAAACUUGUGGGUAACUCAGAUGUUCCGAAUGAUCAACUUUUAGACGAGGCCAGCUCAAGUAAUAAAGGGCAUUUUAAUGAUAAACUUGAUACAAAUACGUACUUUUGUGAUAGAUCAAACAUGAACAAUAAUAUGAAUAUUUGUGAUACCCAUUAUGACAAAAUUAAAAAGAGUUCAGAAGAAAAUUUUAUAAAACCAAUUGCAAGUCAUGAUUAUAAUAAUUCAGAUAUGAUCAGAGGUAGUAAUUCUAAAGAAAAUGAUAAGCAUUUAACUGAUAAUAAUACAAAAAGUAAAGAUAAUAAUUAUUCAUAUAAAAUGUUAGAUCAUGCAGUAUCUGAUAAUGCUUUUUCUAUGAACUCUUGGCCUGGUAUAGGUACCCAUUUAUUUUGUGAUAAUUCCAAAAUUGAUAUUUCUCAUAUAAAUCAGAACAGUAAUAAUUCUAUUUUAAAUAAUACUAAUGUAAAAGUUAAUUCUGAAAAACUAUUUUCUAAGUCUUUUCCAAUUUUAGCAGUUGACAAAUUUGACACCGAUGUGGUUGUUGAUAACACUUCUUUAGAUGAUGUUAAUACUAAUAUGAAUAGUGAUGAGAAAUUAGAUAUUCACAAUUCAAAUAUUUAUUCCACACUUGAAGAUCAAAGUCAUGUUAAUUUAGGUGAGGAAUUUAAUGAGAACUAUUCAGUUGAUAAUGUUUCCUCGAAUGAUAGCUCAAAUAUUAGAAGCACACUAAACACUAAAGAAAUAGAACAAUCGAGUUUAGUAAAUUCUGAAACUAAUGGUAAUAAUAAUGUACUUAGUCAUAAUAAUAUAACGAUCGAAAAUCUCGAUGCUUUGAAUAUAAGUACUAUUAAUGAUACAGAUAAUAAUGUCCAAACGUCCAAAACCGCAAAUAACGUAGAAGAUUUAAGUCUGUAA